CAACCCACUGCUACUCCCACAUUCAAAUUUCUUUUAUUCUUGUCUACACUGCUUUUACUUGCUAGCCUAUCUAUCUAUCUAUCUAUCUAUCACUUUCAGCAUCUUCAAACUUGAAAACCCACAAAACCCCACCUCUUUAUCGCUUUUGUUUUACUGUUUUUGAGUUUCUUAGCUAGCUUUGUUUCUGUUAUAUUUGGAAUUCUUGUUGUCUUCUCCAAUUUCACUUUCCGCAACUUGAAAGCUGAAAACCCACCAGAGCACAACUUUUCUCCUGCUUUUAUUUCACAGUUUGUAAGUUAUGAAGUUUUCAUUGCCUUCUCUUUGAGUUUCAUCAGCAUCAGGAAGUUCUUCAUCAUGACUUUAUGAAAGUUCAAAACCCACAAAAACCCAUCUCAUCUAUUGCCACUAAUUACUGUUUUUUGAGUUACUUCAGUUGGGUUUUCUGUCCAAGAUGAAGUUACUGCCUUCUGCUUCAGUUUCAUCCACUUCUUCUUUUGAUGCAAAUAUGUGCAAUUCAAGAAGUUCACCAUCAGGGUGUUUUACUGGAAUAUUCCGUCGGAUUCUUUGCUCCGGUAGCCUACCCACACACCCAUCUGAUCAAAUCAUCGAAGCCAGCUCAAACGACAGCGAUCAUCAACAAGAAUUUAAGGCUAUUGAGAGCAUAGUUGAAGCCCAUUCAUGGAGAGCUACUCCAGGGCUUGUUGCAAAGCUAAUGGGCUUAGAAGCCUUGCCAGAGCUCAAUUCGAUUGAAACCCAGAUGAGUUCGAGCUCAAUCUUGCGAAGCAAGUCCAUGAAUGAUGUGGGUUAUAGAGAAAAAUGUGACCGAAGUCAUGGCCACCAUAGAAGGACUAGAAGCUCUACAAUGUCCAUACACGAUAUGCCAACAUUUAUUGAGCUUGAAAAUGAAGAGUUCUUUGUUUUAAGCUUUGAAAGCGGAAGCAAAAUCAAGAAGAAAAGAUCUAAAGAGAGAAAAAGAGAAAAUUCUUCCGAUGAAUUUAGCCCUAAAGGAGCAUCUGGUGCAGCGAAAUUGAAGAAAAACAAGAAGAAAGUACAUCAAUACUCUGUUAUUGAAAAUGCAGAGCAGCCUAUACCCAGCUCAGAAGAUUCAAGCCCGGUUUCAGUUCUUGAUUACGACCAAUUCAUUUCUUAUUGUGAAGAUUUUGCAACAGAGGAAAAUUCGGAGCUUAAUUCGCGAAGAAAGCUAUCGCCAGAACUUGAGAACAUCAAUGAAUCAUCUCCAACAAAUGAUGAUAGGCCGAUUGGUGAUGAUCAAAAAGCGAGAAUGAUUGAAGAAUCAUGUCGAAGAUCGAGGAAGAAGAAUUGUGGUAGUAGAGACAAUAUGAAUAUGUGGGGUGAAAUUUGCAAACAGAGUGAAGCUGAGGUCGUUGAACCAAUUUGGGUACACAGAAAUACACUGAAGAUUGAAAGUCUUGAAGAUGUUGGUGAGGAUAUUGAAUCAGCAAUUUUGGAAGAAUUAUUACAAGAAAUGGUAGAUCAAGCUGGUGGACUUCACAUAUGAAAAUCACAAACAUGUAAGUUUACAGUACUAGGUAAAUAAAUUUAGUAUUUGUAUAAAGUUUAUUAAUAAUUCAUGUUUUUCUACUUCUAAUCACUUACUAAAUACAAUUUGAAUUUAUAAUC